AUGACUCUCUCGAAACCGGGUGGGAAGCGCUAUAAGCUACGUCAAUGGCUGUCCUCUUAUGGUUCCACUCCCGCCAGCAGCCAAACUCUACCGCCUUCCGCACCUGUGACCCCGCAGUCUCCGACAUCGACUACCUUGACCACGGUGGUGCAGGAUUUCCACAAUAGAGUGUUUUCCUUUCUCUCCCAGCAGGAUCGAGACACUAUUCGACAACAUAGUGUGACGAAUGCGACGAACGUCGAUGAAAUCGUUCAGCAAAUCCUCACGGCAGCAAGACAGAAGCAGACGAUAUGUCAAUCGAAAAGAUGGACCGUCGCUUUCCGCGGGCAUACGGUUGUCCUGCGAGAGAAGGCCGAUAAUAUUGUGAAAUGGUUGGAUCGGUUUAAGCAAGUUGGAGAUAUUGUCUCCAAUGUCGACCCGGUGCACGUCGGACUUCCGUGGGCGGGCAUUCGUCUUCUCCUUGAGGCAGCCAUCUCCGAACAAGGCCAAAUGGAAGCUCUCGUCCUCGGCCUCGAAAUGACCCUCUACCUGUCAAAUCGACUCGAAGUGUAUAUGAAUUAUAUAACUGCGAUUCCUCCUAGUCAGGCACGUGCGAAUUUCGAAUCUUGCUUGGUUGAGUUUCACGCUUUGGUAUUGAGGUUCUUGGCCCAGGCGAUCCGGAUCUAUCAAAAAGGCAGCGUUGCUCGGGGGUUUGACGCAUUCUGGCGGCUGGAAGAUGUAUCCACCUUUGAGGAUGAGUGUAACAAGUUGGCCAGCCGGGCGGAAAUCGAGGCGAGUAACUGCGAUCGCCGGAUUUUGGAUACAAUUCUGAAACAACUGGAACAACUGAAAGACCUACGUCUUAUCCAUAGUAGGAUCCAGCAACUGGAAGCGAAAGUCGACCUCGGUAAGCUCCCCGUCGCGGCGGGUGCGGCGUUCGAUUCUUAUCAAGACGAACUCGAUGCUCGAUGCUAUCCGGAUACGCGUGUCGACGUACUAAGGGACAUCUACGCCUGGGCCAACGAUAUUAAUGCCGAAACGAUAUUCUGGAUUAAUGGCAUGGCUGGCACAGGCAAAUCGACCAUAUCUCGAACCGUGGCACAAACCUUAGCCGAUCGGGGUCAGCUGGGGGCUAGUUUCUUCUUCAAGCGAGGAGAGCGGGAUCGAGAGAAUGCCAGCCUUUUUUAUCCCACUAUUGCUCACGAGCUCGUUCGUCGGAUACCAGCAUUAAGACCUUUUGUCCAGAAAGCAGUCGAGGACGAUCCUGGCAUUGCUGGCCGGGCGCUGAAGGAACAAUUCGAGAAGCUAGUCUUUCAGCCCUUGACUUCUGUUAGCCCCAUCCAGGCAGAGAGUUUUGUCCUGGUGAUCGACGCCCUCGAUGAAUGUGGCCGAGAAGGAGAUAUAGGCAUCAUCAUCUCUCAACUAGUCCGCACGCGUGAGCUGAGCACGAAUCGCUUUCGUGUCUUUCUCACCAGCCGGCCCGAGCUUCCAAUUCGGCUCGGCUUCGCAAAGAUCAACACCAGCACGCAUCGAGACAUUGUUCUGCAAGAUAUUCCGCCGGCCACGAUUGAGCAUGAUAUUUCCGUCUACCUAAGCAAAGAGUUUACUGACAUUCGAGAAAAACACCAGUGUCUCCUACCGCCUAGUCAGUCCUUCGCUCCAGGUUGGCCAGACCCUCAGGAUCUGAACACUUUGACUCGAUUGGCGGUGCCUCUUUUCAUCGUAGCAGCGACGAUCUGCCGGUUUGUCGGUGAUGUGAGAGGUAAUCCAGUGAAACGGCUCGCUCAAAUUCUCAAUCAACCCAUCGGACAGAAGCCACAGCUAGAACUCACGUACCUCCCCGUACUCAGUCAGAUACUGGUAGGAGUCAAGGAUGUCGAAGAGCAGAAAGAGCUCUUGCAUAAUUUUCGUCGAAUUGUCGGCUCGAUCGUCCUCCUUGCUGAUCCCUUAUCUGCCGCAUCGUUGGCUAGAUUACUCGACGUGGAGAGCACGGAAGUUUACCUUCAUUUACGCUUUCUUCACUCCGUUCUCUGGAUUCGCGAUGACGACACACCAAUUCAUUUACUUCAUCUCUCCUUUCGAGAAUUCUUGACGCAGAGAGUUCCUUCGGAUGCUAGCCAACCAUUUCAGAUUGUCGAAUGCAAGUCACACAGAUAUUUGGCCGACAGGUGUCUUGUGCUGCUCGGGAGUUCAACCGGCUUACGGAAGGAUAUCUGUCGGUUGGGCGAUCCUGGAUCGCUUCGGACAGAGAUUGAUGCUGCACUCAUUGAGCGCUGUAUUCCGCAGCAUCUCCAAUACGCAUGCCGCUAUUGGGUCUAUCAUGCUGAGCGGAGUGGACACAAAAUUUACGACGAGGACGACAUCGAUCACUUUCUCCGCCAGCAUUUUUUCCAUUGGCUCGAAUGCUUAAGUCUACUCGGCAGAACCUCGGACAGUAUCACGUUGAUUGGCACAUUACAAUCACUCGUGGCCGAAGAGGAUAGCGAAAUAUCUACCUUCCUCCGGGAUGCGCGACGAUUCGUGCUUACAUUCCACUUUAUUAUCUCGCACGCACCGCUACAAGUGUACGGAAGUACUUGGCAUUUCAGCCCUUUACAAAGUAGAGUCCGAUAUUUCUUCCAGGACCAGAGACUGCUAAAUAUUGACAUACGGGGCGGGCUACCAGAUCAGUGGAGUGCAUGCUUACAAACACUCGAAGGCCACUCGGCCUCGGUCAGCAGUGUGGUAUUCUCGCCCGACGGGUCGCGUAUAGCGUCAGGCUCCGACGACGAGACGGUGCGGGUGUGGGAUAUACAGACGGGCGUAUGUCAGUAUACGCUCGAGGGCCACUCGGACUGGGUCUGGAUUGUGGUGUUCUCGCCCGACGGGUCGCGUAUAGCGUCAGGCUCCGACGACAAGACGGUGCGAGUGUGGGACGUACAGACGGGCGUAUGUCAGUAUACGCUCGAGGGCCACUCGGACUGGGUCAGGAGUGUAGUAUUCUCGCCCGACGGGUCGCGUAUAGCGUCAGGCUCCGGCGACGAGACGGUACGGGUGUGGGACGUACAGACGGGCGUAUGUCAGUAUACGCUCGAGGGCCACUCGGACUGGGUCAGGAGUGUGGUGUUCUCGCCCGACGGGUCGCGUAUAGCGUCAGGCUCCGGCGACAAGACGGUGCGAGUGUGGGACGUACAGACGGGCGUAUGUCAGUAUACGCUCGAGGGCCACUCGGCCUCGGUCAGGAGUGUGGUGUUCUCGCCCGACGGGUCGCGUAUAGCGUCAGGCUCCGGCGACAAGACGGUGCGAGUGUGGGACGUACAGACGGGCGUAUGUCAGUAUACGCUCGAGGGCCACUCGGACUGGGUCAGGAGUGUAGUAUUCUCGCCCGACGGGUCGCGUAUAGCGUCAGUCUCUUACGACAAGACGGUACGGGUGUGGGACGUACAGACAGGUGUUGAGUUACUGUACUGUGAAACUGAUACCUACGACAAUCAUGUUGAGUUCAGCGACAAUGAUUCGAAUAUCUCGAUCAAUGGGCAAGUCGUCACUAUUCCUGGAAAUUCACCACGAGCCACUGUCGCGAAUCUAUCAUCUACCUCUAACUCGGCACCCGAUGGCAAGUUGGGAAUCAUUGGUGACUGGGUCAUGUGGGCUUCGCACAGGAUAUUGUGGCUACCUCCUGAAUAUCGUCCCGGUUCGUGGGACUGA